GUGUAGCCACCGGAGGAGGGAGGAGGCGGGGCGAGGAUCAGCGAGGUGGAGGCUUGCGCGCUUGCGCACGCAGCUCCAGGGACCCUAGGUUUUUCUAUGGGAUUCCCAAUCUGCAGCAGAGAUUCACCCGAGCGUGUUGCAGCGACCGCUGGCUUUGCAAGGCGCGAUCCAAGAGGGAUUUAAGCAGCCCGGAGCUCCUAGAAAAGGAGCGAGGGAGAACCACUCACAGAGACGGCUUAGCCGUUAGCCCGAAUUAAAUAUAUAUAUAUUUUUUUGAAAGAACUGUUGAGUUUUAUCAUUUUCAUUAAGGGACGGUGCACAGCGCUAUAAACUGCACAAUGGGGAAACAGAACAGCAAACUGGCCCCCGAAGUCAUGGAGGACCUGGUGAAGAGCACCGAGUUCAACGAGCAUGAGCUGAAGCAGUGGUACAAGGGGUUCCUCAAGGACUGUCCGAGCGGGAGGCUGAAUCUCGAGGAGUUCCAGCAGCUGUACGUGAAGUUCUUCCCUUAUGGAGAUGCCUCCAAGUUCGCACAGCAUGCCUUCCGCACCUUCGACAAGAACGGUGACGGCACCAUCGACUUCCGAGAGUUCAUCUGCGCCCUGUCCAUCACCUCCCGGGGCAGCUUUGAGCAGAAACUGAACUGGGCUUUCAACAUGUAUGACCUGGACGGUGACGGCAAGAUCACCAGGGUGGAGAUGCUGGAGAUCAUUGAGGCUAUCUACAAAAUGGUGGGCACCGUGAUCAUGAUGAAGAUGAAUGAGGAUGGCCUCACGCCUGAACAGCGAGUGGACAAGAUCUUCAGCAAGAUGGAUAAGAACAAAGACGACCAGAUUACACUGGAUGAAUUCAAAGAAGCUGCAAAAAGCGACCCUUCCAUUGUUUUACUUCUGCAGUGCGACAUUCAGAAAUGAGCUGCUGUCAGUGCUGGGACUGCACAGAAGUCUUGAUGUUCCAUUCAGUCUGCAGCUAUUCACACACACACACACACACACACACACACACACACACACACGCAUACACACACACACAAACACACAGAUACACACACACACACAAUUGCUUGGACUACCUAUAAAUGGACUUGCUUCUUGUGUUUGAAACACUUGUGUGCAUGAGAAUGUCAUUUGCUAAUGAAUUUUAAGAGCAUAUAUUAUAAAACAAACCUGGCAACCUGCCACAGUGUGAUUCGUGUUAACACCAUUUCAUUAAAUCUUCCUCCAAAGCCUGGGCAGAAGCGUGCCACAAAGAGUUCUAUGAUUUCUUGUCCAUGUUUUGCUAAUGCUUGUGUCUCCUUGAUUACAUAAUGUUAGUAGCACUGAGACCCCCAUGGUAAUGUAACUUAAUUAUUGGCUGUGUCACCGUUCUCCUGUGAAACUGUACUGGACAGAGCCACAGGAGGGGCCCUUGGCUCCCUGUCUGGCCCCCACACAGCUUGUAUUAUCAGUGACUAUAAAUGUACUACAUUUGCAUGCCUUUUGGGUUUGCCUUAAUUCUUACCUCAUUUGUAUCCUCUCAACCUGGAAAGAGCUGUUUUUGGAUGAAUGCGGCAUAAAAUGUAAAAAUCCUGCUAAAUGAUAAAUUAAGUAUAUCUAUCUAUAUAUCUACAGACACAAAGGUAUUAUUUAUUGAAAGCAAAACAUAAUGGCGAGAAUGUAUUGAUUUCUGCUUGACAUUUCAAAGGCUUCCAGAAAGGUGGCAAUAGAUGUCCCAAAUAAAUUUCUAACAUUUGAUUUAUUUCCCUAAUUCUUCAUUUAUAAUUUUCAGCUUGAUGUUCAUAAUAGUCAGGGGUCAGCUUGCCAUGGCUUACGAAGUCCACCCUUGAGCAGACGUCUUUGGGAUUUGAAGAACGAAUGAAAGGGGGGAGGAGUCACUUUCCAACUCCUCAUCAGCCCCUCCGCUAAGGAGGGCAAUGAAUAUGGCAUGUAACAUUGAAAGAAAACAGAAGAUUUGUUCAUUCUGGAAAACAAAUGCUCACUAUGUAACAAUAAACUUUAUCUCAGUGUGA